CCUACUCACGUAUGGAUAGCGCAGAUCUGCUUUGAUACCUCAUAAUACUAGGUAGGCCUGCAGCCAAGGGUCAGAGAGCGAGGUUUGGUUCUACAGCAACGGCCGAACAUCGUGUAAUUCUCGUGAAUCACACAUCACACUUACUGAUGAACGCUUUAGGGAGCACAUUUCAUACCUUUAUGUGAGACUAUACAGACUUCUGCUGGGUCUUCGGUGCAUCUUUCGGCAAUGGCCUGUUUACCAGAUAUUCAUAUUGGACAAUCUGUAUGCGCACUGUGCAAACAAACUCCAACAGUUGGAUCACAUAUCCUUGACCUAGCUCAAAACUCGCUCACAAUCCCUGAGUGUCGAGAUCCGUGCGGGCCCUGUUUACGUUCACCGUACCCAUCAGUCUGGUUUCAUGCAGCGUGCUACAAUGUCUUGGAGAAGAGCUAUGAGCCCUCCAAGAAGCCCACCUUUGAAGAUUUGGGAAGGUUUGCUGAUGCAACCAGACCUACUUAUAAAUCUCAAAAUAAAAAACAUGAAGAAACGGCGUCGACUUUAGAAGGGCUCUUCAGCAGAUAUACAAAAGAUAUCAUACAAGACAGUUUCAGCCAAAGCCUACUUGCCCAAUUACCAGCUGAAAUCAGGAUUAUAAUUUGCGGGCUUAUCACUCCGUGUUGGUACUUAAUUGUACUUGGCGAAACCCGUCGACUGAUUGAACUGUUAAGAAAUAACAGUAUACCUCAGUAUACACAGCUAAGAUUAGCACAAGAGAUCUGGAUGGCCAGAAUUAUUUAUCACGGAACUUCUUAUAUAACAAGGCUAAGCGAAAAACCUGUUGAAUCAAUAGGUAACUCCUAUGAAUGCCAUAUAAAGCUGCCUAGUGACAUCAAUAGAAUCAUUGUAUCAUUUGACAGUAUUGGUGUACAUGGGAUACAGUUUUUGGAGCAUGGUUCGAACCCUAUAUCAGACGGGUCACCGUGGUACGAGAUUUUUGAAGUGAAAGAUUCUCAUCUAGAGAUCUACGUGAGCCAUGAUGGUCUUUUUAUAAGGGGUAUUCAUCUCACCUCAAGCGAUUUAUCCUCUAGGUAUCGGAUCUGGAGCUCUCCACUCCCACCUACUAUUCACCAGUGGAACUUUUACCAUCACCCGUGGAACUUCGGCCGUGCUCAAGACAAGCCUCGCUUAGACUACGUCAAAUUCGAUUCCUAUACUCAAGGCCUUAUUGUCUGUUGUGCGGAUGCUAGAACCAUUGGGAUUCAUGGUUUCUCAGGUACCUCGACGACAUUCAAAGACUUUGUCGAUUUAAUAUAUCGAAAAAGUAGGAAAGGUUAUAUCCAGUGGAUAUACUUUCCAUUUAAUAGAUAUGAAUACCUUGAAGCAGCUUGGGUCCGGAAGUCUAAAGUUCACCGUGGGCCAGCUUUCUACCCUAUUCUAGUUCUUUGUACGUCUCUAGGAAGAGGUAUUACGUUUGGACCUCAAUUCCCUACCCAUCUCAUCAAUUAUUACGAGUACUAUCCUUUAGUUAGGGAUGGCGAUGGUGCUAUCUCAGGGAUUUGUCACAACGGACUAGAUCCAGCCUCUCAGUAUAUCUCUGAAUUUGGAGUUACUUGCAGUGGCCAGUAUCGUAUCAAGACCCCAGAGCCUCCGCUUGAUACAUGUUUUGAACCCCCAAUGGUCCCUCCCGGUCGAGGCUCACCAGCAUGUACUUGGUAUAUGACGAAAGCCCCGCUUAAAGGUCUUAUAAAGGCGCAGGUCUGCAGAGAUAAAGAACAAUUGCACUCUCCAUGCAUAGGUCUUCUGUUAUUUUACAGCGACCAACAUAUUGAAUCGCUAGGACAGGUACGGUGGGAUUAUGACCUAACUCAACAAGUCCUAAAGCCUACAUAUGUGGAAAAGGGUGUUAUCGAUGGACGAAAUUACAUUAAGGAUAUCUGGAGUGAUAUAAAUCACUCUAAGUUCAAUGCGGAAACAGAUAUAUGGCAAAGGCUACCAGAGGAUGGCAUCAUCGUUUGGUGGUUCAGUAAGCUUGAUGAUAGAAUAAUCACCUAUUCCUAGAAAUCUAGGCAUUUGCAGUCAAUUCAAAUGAUUUAGAAAUCGG